AUGUCAGACUUGGAUUCAGCAAGUGGAGAUGACGAAUGGCUUGACGUUUCAGACGCGGAACGUUCAGACUACCCUGAGCCGCCUGAGGAAGAAAUCUUUGACCCAGAAAACUACGCUUUUCGCGACCAUGAUUACACCGAGCCAAGACCCACAGACGCCUCUCCGGAGGAAGAUUUCCUGUGGGCAGCGCAGGCCGGCGAGAUGCAGAUCGCCGAAGAACUUCUGCAGAAAAACCCCGAACUGAUCCGGACGCAAGACAGCGAUGGCUACACGCCACUGCAUCGCGCCUGUUACAGCAACAAGGUGGAGAUGGUCGACUUUUUGCUUUCUAAGGGGGCGCCCAUCGAUUUGCCCACCACCGACGGAUGGCUGCCUCUGCACUCGGCCUGCAAGUGGGGCAACCACCGGUGCGCCAUCAAGCUGCUCAUGCACGGCGCGCCGAUUAACGCGGCCAGUGGGUCCGGCCAGACGGCCCUGCACAUCGCCGCGUCCUGCCGAUCAGACAAAAAGUGUCUCAAGCUGCUGCUCUCGUGGCCCGGCUUGGACCCUGAUUUGAAAAACGCCGAAGGAGAAACUGCUUAUGACAAAGCCUUGAUCAAUACUAAGCAACAUUAUCUCUUCAAUGCAGUUAAAAAAUGCACUAAAGAAAUUUAA